GUGGGUGCGCUCGGCUCCGCUCCGUUCCGCUCCGCUCCGCGCCCGCCAUGGCGGCCCCGGCCCGCCGGCCCCGGGCCCUGCUCGCCCUCGGCCUGGCCCUUCUCGCCGCCGCCGCCGCCGCCACCGACCCCUUCUCGCCGCAGCUGGGAGACACCGGCGGGUGCCGCGGGCAGUGCGGCCGCAGCCUGCAGCGCCGGGCCGCCGCCGAUGCUGUUCUCAACGCCUGUUACCGGGGCUGCCGGCUGUUCUCCAUCUGUCACUUCGUGGAUGCGAGCGCCGAGCUCAACACGACCAGAGCCGAGUGCGAAGCAGCCUGUGCUGAAGCCUAUGGAAACGCAGAGGAGCAGUUUGGGUGCGUGACCGGGUGCCGCAAGCAGCUGCCCGAGGUGGAGGAGAGCAGGAAGGAGAAGAGCCUGGAGCUGAAAGCGCCAUCGUUUUCCAUGUUGGAUUUGGUCUCCACCUUCUGCAACGACAUCGUCAGCUCUGCCCAGAGCUUCAUCUCCUCCACCUGGACCUUCUACCUGCAGGCGGACGAUGGCAAAGUCGUGGUGUUUCAGUCCCAGCCUGAGAUGGAGUAUCCAGCACCCGAGGCCCUGGAGAUCCAGCCAGCACAGCCAGGAUUGGGAUCAGGAUCCAGCCCUGGUGUCCCCCAGCCCCACACAGGCCCCCGGGCAAAGGGGGACAAGCCCCCCGUGAAGGAGCCGCGGGGCAAAGCCAAGGCGCACCCCCCGGAGCCCCCGCAGCAGGAGCACGACUUCCUCGGCUGCAUGUCCAAGCGGGGGGUGGUGGGGUGUUACAGGCGCUCGGGCCUUCCUCGCUGGAUCCUGGCCGCCUGCCUCUUCCUCUCCAUCAUGGUGAUGCUGUGGCUCAGCUGUGCCAGCCUGGUGACCGCCCCCGAGCAGCACGUCAAGACGCAGCCUCUGAGCAUCAACGGGGACAAGGAGUACCUGGAGGACCUGGAUGGCCCCGGCACCUUCCCCCUGCCGCCCGUCAUCACCGUCACCCUGUGCCCCGCGCACGGCGGGGAGGCCGCGGGGCCGCUGCCCCUCAAAGUCGACCUGGACAAGACCAUCCUGUAGCGCUCCCACCC